UAAACUAGGCAUCAUUUUUGAAAAAAAUGAAGAAAGCAAUUUAGCAAAUAUUGAGUUGCAAUGGUUAUGCAUAAAAAUUGGAAGAAGUUUAAGGCUUAACAAUAAUGAAAUUACACGAUUUUAUCUUAAA